AUGGAGCGGGCGAUCGACGACGCCGCUCGAGAGACCCGGAAAAGUUGUGGACGAGCGAGGUCGAUGAAGGUGUCGGACAGUGAAGGUCCCGACCGGAACUCCAUGCCGCCGUGUGUAGAUUCGCGAUCUACCGACUUUUUGUCGAGUCGCGACGGCCUGCACCGCAGCCUGGCGGACGCGUCCGGCGAGCGAGACCCGGGUUCCUCGGCGUCCCUGCCAUCCAUUGGGCCUGCCACUCCACUGGCGGCCGUUUGGGACAACGACCGCCCUCACUGCGCUGCAGAUCAAGGACUCGAGACCGGGCUGCACGGAGACCUCCGAAGUCCGGGACUGCACCCCGAAGUACGGACAGCACAUUCCGAAGUACAGGUCGAACUGGCCACUCCGAAGCAACAGGACACUCCGGAACAACGGUCGGGGCAGUCCUCCCCCGGGUCGCUGCUCUCUAACUCCUCGCCAGGACACCCUCAGGAGGCGAACCCUCAGGAGGACGGGUCUCAGGAGGACAACUUUCCGGAGGAGGACUCUCAAGGACCGCAGUGGGAGCCGGACUGUGCGCCUGUGCCGCCGGCAGCUAAGGCGUCACCAGUGAGAGCGCUAUCGUCCGGCUUCGCGCCAUUCGACAGUCCGUUUCCAACAAAGGAAAUCAAUGUGGACCACCCCCCCUAUUACGGGGCUGACGGUCUAGUCUUUUCGAGCCAAACCUUCGAUCAGGCAUCCGAUGUCCCUCGUCCGGGUUAUCCAAAUGGUGGUGGACUCGACGACGAUCGGCCCAGCGACCUUCUGAUGGACGGGUCAUCUGACUCAGCCACGGACCUAGCCGCUGAGCUCGCCUCCGAAUCAAUGUCUGGACCCACUUCUGGACCGACUUCUGGACCAACUUCUGACCCAACGACCGAACCGGUCUCCUUAACAGGGUCGAACCCUACGGCUCCGGAAAGGUCGCAGCCUGCGCCGCCGACCCCGGCCGCGAACGCGGUCACGAUGGAUGGCCGCACUGGUCAGGCAUCGCCUUCACCGCGGACGGCAGACGCUGAUGGGCAGACGACAGGAGCUGACUCGCGCACGUCAGAGACUGACGGACGGACGGUAGAGACGCGGCUUCCGGACUGGAUCCCACCUGCUGCGGGAGAUGCUUCCGAACCACUUCGCAAAACCACGGCAAGCCCGCAGAUGAUUCACACAUCUCGCAACGAAGCAUGGGGCGACGCAACUCUAAAGCCCAUGGUCCGUGCCCAUUCCGUUGGAGAUGAGCCAGUCCUAAUAUCUGAGGCGGGAGCUGUUGAAAAGAAUUUGCAAAAGGCUCUUCAGCCUUCUGCGUCCCGAAAAGUUGGCCUGAACAGGCGGCACUGA